AUGUUUUGGGAUUCGUUAACAAGCGGAACUCGUAAAACGAGGAAUCCCCGAACACAUGUCGGUCACCAAUGGGUUUAUUCAAAUUUAGGAAUAAAACCGAAAUCUGGUUGGUCAAUAGAUCCAUUUGGGCAUGGAAGUACUCAACCUUAUUUAAUGGCUUUAUCCGGAAUCGAAGGAACCGUCAUACAACGCAUUCAUUACGCAUGGAAACAAUGGCUGGCAGCGAAACAGUACGAAGAAUUUCGUUGGACGCCGAAUUGGUCUCCAUCAGAUACAAAGGGCACUCUUUUAACGCAUAACCAACCGUUCGAUAUUUACUCGAUUAAACACAGCUGCGGGCCGCAUCCGUACAUUUGUCUUAAUUUUGAUUUUCGCAAGGUUAACGGAGAAUACACCGAGUAUUCCUUAAGAGCUCAACCGAUCAAUGAUAAAAAUGUUAAAGAAAAAGCCGAACUUCUUUUAGAGCAAUACGCAAAAACCGGAUCUUUAUUUCCGCAUAACGUGGUGUUAAUGCCUUUAGGUGACGAUUUCCGUUAUAACGUUAUCGAAGAAUGGGAUCAACAAUACACUAAUUAUAUAAAAUUGAUAGAGUUUAUAAACAAUAAUAAGAAAGAUUAUAAAGCGGAAGUGGUUUUUGGAACACCAAAAGACUAUUUUGACGAAAUUUUAAAUCGAUACGAUGCUUAUCCGAGUUUAAAAGGCGACUUUUUUGUUUAUUCGGAUAUAUUUUCGGAAGGAAGACCCGCUUAUUGGUCGGGUUAUUUCACAACAAGACCGUAUAUGAAAAUAUUAGACCGCGAAUUAGAGUACAAUCUAAGAUCGACCGAAAUUUUGUACACCGUCGCCGUUAAUCACGCAAGACAAAAAGAAUUUAUAUCGAUAUUAAAGAUUUUAGAGCGUGAUUACGAAAAAUUAAUUCGGGCAAGAAGAAAUUUAGGGUUAUUCCAGCAUCAUGACGCGAUUACGGGAACUAGUAAAUCGUUCGUUAUGAGAGAUUACGGUUUAAAACUAUUUGAAAGUAUUCACGAUACCGUAAAAUUGCAGCAGUUGUGUUUAGAAAGUUUGUUAUUCGGCGGUUAUCAAAAGAAACCGAAUAAAAAUGCCAUAUUAAGCGACAUAGAAAUAGAUUCAUACGAAAAAUUGCCUAAGAAAACUAUAAUAAACGUGGGUAAAGAUUUAAUAAAACGGUUAGUUUUAUUUAAUUCUUUAGCUCAAGAUCAAGAACAUAUCGUUCAAGUUCGAAUCACCUCACCUAAAGUUAAAGUAACCGAUGAGCAUGGAAAAGAAGUUUUGAUCCAAGUUAAUCCCGUUUGGAAUUCAACCGAAUCAAACACGCGUUUAACAAUUGUUGAAAAUGAAUAUGAGUUAUUUUUUAUUGCAAAAAUCCCCGCUUUAACAGUUGUAACAUAUAACGUAACUUAUUCUGAAUCAGCUUCGAAUUUAGCAACAAUUUAUUGCAAUAAAUGCCAUUUAAAAGAUUUUAGCGAUAAUUACGAUCAAAACAUUGUAAUAACCCCUCAAUAUUUGCCAUCGAAAUUUAAAAUCCGUAACAUGCAAAUAGGCGACAUCCAAUUAGAAAAUCGCAAAUUUAAAUUAUUAUUCGAUGGGAGAAGCGGCUUCCUAAAAAGCGUCACUCAAAAAAAUAACUUAAAAAUAAUUCAAUCUUCAAUUCAAUUUCUCGCUUAUAAAUCAGCUCAAUACCACUCAGGCGCUUAUUUAUUUAUGCCCGAUCCGAACGAACGAGACGUCGAAAGAGACGUUCUUUCCGAUUACAAAGAUCACGUUUCGAUUAUAAUAACAUCCGGAAAUGUAGCUAGCGAACUAACCGUGAUUUACGGACCAUUUUUAGUUCAUACCGUAAGAAUUUAUCACCCCGAAUCAUCGAAUUUAUCAAACGGUGUUUACAUCGAGAACGAAAUCGAUUUUGAGAAUCCUCCAAAAAAUAGGGAAACGGAAUUGUUUAUGCGAAUCGUUACCGAUAUCCAAAACGGUGAUCCCCCGCAAUUUUACACCGAUUUAAACGGUUUUCAAAUGCAAAAACGGGUUAAAGUUGAACAAAUCGGAAUUGAAGGGAAUUAUUUUCCCAUAACAACAAUGACUUAUAUCGAGGACGAUAAAUUACGAUUGAGUUUGAUUACUAAUCACGCUCAAGGUGCCGCUUCUUGGCAACCCGGCUUUUUGGAGGUGAUGUUAGAUCGUAGAACUUUGUACGAUGAUUCGAGGGGGAUGGGCGAGGGUGUUAUCGAUAAUCGAAAAACGUUGAAUAAAUUUUGGUUGUUAUUUGAAAAUUACGAGAACGAAGAACCGAAACGAUUCGCAUCGCAUAGAAUCGAUAAACGAGAAGCAAUCGAGGAUAAAGCCGAAUUUUCUCGCCCGAGUUUAUUUGCUAAUCAUUUAUCGAAUAGUUUAAAUUAUCCGGUUGGGAUUUUUGUGGUUAGCGAUGAAUUUUCGAAAUUAAAACUUGAGCCGAAUUUAAAACUGAUAAACAAAGAAUUUCCGUGCGAUUAUCACGUAUUAACAUUUAGAACGCAAGCCGAUCCGAUUUAUUCUCAAUUCCCAUCGAAUUUCGCGCUUUUAGUCUUACACAGACAGGGUUAUUCUUGCCGGAUUGAUUCAAAUUAUAAUUGUAAAAAACUCAAUAUCGAUCGAGACGCUAAAUUUGAGUUGUUAAAAAUUGAAAAUAUCCAACCGGUUACUUUAACCGGUUUAGAUAAAGACGGUGAUAGUAUUGAAGAUUUAAGUGAAAUGAGAUUAUCACCGAUGAGUUUACAAAGUUAUAAUUUUACGUUUAAUAUGUAUAUGUAGAAAAAAAAA